AUGGUCUAUCCCACGGGAGUCUUGGAGGACGUGCUGGUUAAGGUUAAGGAUCUUAUCUUCCCAGCUGACUUUUAUGUUUUAAAUAUGGAAGAUGAUAACAAACUUGGACAUGCACCAUUGAUACUAGGCAGACCUUUCUUAAAAACUGCUAGGACAAUAAUUAAAGUGCAUGAGGGUACCUUGUCUAUGGAAUUUGCUGGUAAUACUAUCCAUUUCAACAUUCUCGAUUCCAUGAAGUAUCCUUCAGAAGAUCAUUCCUCCUGGCAUGUUAAUUUUAUUGACUUGAUGGUUGAUGUUGCAUGUGCUGAUAUUCCUGACUUUGUUUCUGAGUUCCCCACCAUCCAUGACUUUCCUGAUAGUGUCCAUUGCCCUGAUUAUCAUGAUGGAUUCAAUAAGUGUGCCGCUUGUUCUGAGAUAGAUGAGUUUUUAAAUCUUUCUGAAUCUGACAUGAGUUUUCAACAUGCCUUACACAACUCUCAUGAGCCUUCCAUGGCGAAUGUUUCCCUUGCUGAGAAUUUCAUGCAGGCAGAUGGUUCUCUUGACUUAGACACAAACAGGUUGCUGCCUUCAAUCCAACAACCACCUGCCUUGGAGUGCAAACCCUUACCUGACAACCUCAAGUAUGCUUACUUGGAGGAGAGAGAGAAGUUGCCAGUGCUCAUAGCCAACAACCUCCACCCUGACCAAGAGAAGAGAUUGUUGGACCUACUCAGGAGGAACAAACGAGCAAUAGGCUGGACCUUAGUGGACAUACCAGGUAUUAGUCCUUCUUUGUGCAUGCACAGGAUUCAUUUAGAGGAAGGAGCCCGACCAGUUGUCCCCAAGAAGACAGGUUUCACAGUGGUGGCUAAUGAAAGAAAUGAGCUAGUGCCCAUGAGAGUGCAGAACAGCUGGAGGAUAUGCAUAGCACCAGAGGAUCAGGAGAAGACCACCUUCACUUGUCCUUUUGGCACUUUUGCCUACCGAAGGAUGCCAUUUGGCCUAUGUAAUGCUCCAGUAUUCAUGGAUGACUUUUCUGUUUAUGGCACCUCAUUUGAUGACUGCUUGGUUAGCUUGGGUAAAGUUUUGGAAAGGUGUGUUGAGAAAAACCUUGUUUUGAAUUAUGAAAAAUGUCACUUCAUGGUUGAGCAGGGCAUAGUCUUAGGUCAUGUGAUCUCCAAACAAGGUAUAACAGUCGAUAGUGCCAAGGUGGAUGUCAUUGCUUCUUUACCUUACCCCGCGUCUGUGCGGGAAGUUCGCUCUUUCCUUGGCCAUGCAGGGUUUUACAGGAGAUUCAUCCAAGACUUCAGUAAGAUUGCAAUUCCAUUAUCCCACCUCCUCCAAAAGGAUGUGGAUUUCAAGUUUGAUGAACAAUGCAAGCAAGCCUUCGAGGAACUUAAGAGGCGAUUGACUUCUCCACCGAUCAUCCAGCCACCCAACUGGGAGUUGCCCUUCGAGCUCAUGUCCUUGAAGUUCCUUCUGAAGAAGCCCGAUGCAAAACCUAGGCUUAUCCGGUGGAUGCUGCUACUCCAGGAAUUUGAUAUUGAGAUCAAAGACAAAAGUGGAGCUGAAAACUUGGUCGCCGACCACCUAAGCCGGAUACCUGCUUCUCCUGACUCGUCUGACAUGGAUCAUCCCCCUAUCAAAGAUAAUUUUCCAGAUGCGUUACUUUAUCACUUACAUGGUACUGAACCUUGGUAUGCUGACAUGACCAAUGGGCAGGCUAAGGUUUCAAAUAGAGAGAUCAAGCAGAUUCUAGAGAAGACAGUCCAGCCCAACAGGAAAGACUAG